AAGAUCGGUAUCGCAUCGCCACUGCCAUGCUUCCUAAGCCACAAUCCCGACUAGUCCUAGCGUGUUACACAGAUAUAGGGCUAUGAUCUUCCACCUCAAGGCUCCAACUUGUACACGAGCUCCUAACUCUCACAACCUAUUUUGAUCUCCAUGUCUAGAGAAACACAUCUAUGCGACAGUUGCUUGAGCAUUUUCUCAAAGCUUACAAACCUACCCACCGACCUAGGCCCAAAAGAGUACAUCAGUUCUGGCCCCAACGGUAAAAGCGGUAGGCAGUGGCAGGACAAGACGAGCGGCAAUUGCUGGACAGACGUGUGUGGCAUGUUCCACGAAAGGUGGUGGAGUGCCAAAGAUGUAAGCAAAGCCGCUUUAAUUCGGUCCGCAGCGGAAGGUUGCUACAUCUGUGUCAGCAUUUGGAGGAGGUACUCGACUUUCACGAACACAGGCAUCAGAUAUCGUCCAGAUGUAGAAAAGAUUUCUUACGAGAUAAGUGAAGAUGGAGAGUCAUCAUUUUCGCUCAAGAUCACGGUGAUUGGAGCUCAGGAAUCGUGUGUGGGUUUAUUGUGCGGCAAGCCCAGGACUUGUUUCCCCUUCCGCGGCGUCCUUUCGAACUCACUGCCACCUAAGUCUGUUCAAAGCGACGUGGCCCCUACCACUCGAUCUCAACAAACCAUGACUCAAGCGAAAACAUGGAUCAACGACUGCAAGGAAUACCACAUGAAAUGCCAGCGGCAAGAGGACUCUUAUGAUCUCCCAACGAGACUUGUUCGUGUUGAUUAUGCAGAGGAUGGAGAUGAUCGUGAAAUAUUUGCUUCUCUAUGUCGGGGCAGCACAUUACCACCAGGCACGCAAUACCUAACGCUCUCCCAUCUAUGGGGCAAGCACGAAUUUCUCAAGUUGAUGAAAAACAAUGUCUGUCAAUGGGAAAAUUCGAUACCUACGAACCAGCUGUCCCCAAGCUUCCAGGAUGCACUCUAUAUGACGCGUUCUCUGGGCUUCAAGUUUAUCUGGAUUGAUAGUCUUUGUAUUAUCCAAGAUGAUUUACAGGACUGGGAACAGGAAUCUGAGGCUAUGUGCCGCAUUUACAAGGGUGCUGUGUGUAACAUAGCCGCGUCUGCACGUCAGACAAGCGAUGGACACGGCUUCCUUCCCUCGUCACGGUAUUUGGAACCUGUUGUCCCACCUUUGGUACACAUUGACUGGCACGCCUCUCCUGUCAUACAAAGCAGGAAUGUUUGUGGGAGGGAUUUCGUUAUCAGCGAAGCAUUUCCUCAGCGGAACUUGCGUACAGACGAGCUAUACGAUCGUGCAUGGGUUUUGCAGGAAGAGAUGCUGGCGCUGCGUACGUUACACUGCCAGGGUGAUCAAAUUUAUUGGGAAUGCAGAACUUCCAUAUGCAACGAGGUCUGGCCCUCAGGCUGGGCUACAUCCUUGGGAAGAUACCGCGAAAGCGAGGGCACAAUCGCGCCUUUCCUGCUCACUACUGAUGAUAUUGAAGCGUCUCAGGCAGGACUCGCAUACACCGUCUGGCUCGAGAUGGUAUCAAGUUACUCACGGCGAGCCAUAUCAUACGGCACAGAUCGCCUGCCAGCCCUCGCUGGUAUUGCAGCUGACACAGCGUUCCUUCUAAACGAUACUUAUGCUUCGGGCAUAUGGCAAAAAGCGCUUCACAAUGGCGUCCUGUACCAAUCUCGAGGGACCCUGCAAUCCUGUGAAGAACCCCCACAGCCCCUACCCUUGUGGGACAAGGUACCUAGCUGGUCUUGGGCGUCUCUGGAUAGACCAGUCGUCUUCGUUACAACUCGUCACCCUCCGGAAACAGAAGGUCUCUGUGAUAUCGAAGUACUCCCUGCUAUGCUCGGCCAACUGAGCGUUCUCGAGAUGACUGGCCCGCUCAUGCGGUUGGACUGGAUCAAGACCAGUCCUGAUGCAGUCGAGUGUCAAGCAAUGUGGAAGCCUGCGUGGGACGACCCAGUAUUUCACAGAAUCGGCCGCUACGGCGGGGAAGCAACCUGGGAGGUCCACGUGCAAGAAGACCACUGGUUUGCACAAAAGUGCUAUUCUGAGUCCUGCGCCCAUCCGAUCCCAAAGAAAGAUUACGGCGAGCCAUCGGAGAAGCCCUAUUUCGCUGCCCUCUUCGAUAACAUAUUUUUCAUGCCCGUCCUGUAUGAAGGCGAGCGAGAAUACAAGGUAGUGAGAUCGUUUGCCCAAUACGGAGGGAGGCCACGUAUCAUUGGUCUAUUACUGUGGGCAGAGCCAGGACAAAUGCGUGGUACAUAUCGUAGAGUAGGUACAGCGCAGCUCGCGCUUCGACGAAAAGAGGGGAAUGCCUUUUGUACCUUCAAGGAGAAGGUGAGCAUGUACCAAGCGGGCAUUCGUGAGGUAGACUCUUGUCGCUCCGAUGGAAAUGGACGAUACACGGUCCGUGUUGUAUGAGCUCUACCGUCCACUAUUGGUUUCGGCGCUGGGUAGACUCUUCG